GAGAGGAAAUUGAUAGUGAAGUUUUAUCUAGUUCUUCUAACACUAUAAAUACUGCAUAUAAAAGAGUAUUUGGUCAAAGUAAAACAAAAUACCCAGAAGCUACAUUAUUAGGUUUUCAUGAUCUUAUAUAA